AUGCUCUCUCCUCAUCUUGUAGAUGCUGCAAAUAGUGGAAACGUUGCCGAGUUUAAAAAGUAUUUCAAGCCAACGAAGGUAAAUGAAUCUGAUCGGAAUAAGACAUUGUUGUACAUGGCUUGUGAGAGGGGACAUUUGGAAAUUGUCAAGUUAUUGUUGAAUUGUGGAGGACUUGAUGUGAAUAAGGGAUUUACUUAUCAUUUUAUUAGCAUAAAGUUAGGACAAGAAGAAAUGGAAUCUCCAUUACAUAUUGCAUGUGAAAAAGGACGUUUAGAAAUUGUUAAAUUAUUACUUCAAUCACCAAAUAUUAAAAUUAACAAUUUAUGGAAAGUCAACGGAAAGGAAAUUUCCAAAAUUAAGAAGGAAUUGAAUGAAAAAGUUGAAAAAGAUAAAAUUAAGAAAGAAAUUCUUGAAAAACAAGAACCACUUGAAAAACAUGAUGAAAACCAAGAAACUCUCGAACAACAAGAGGAAAAACAUGAUGAAAAUCAAGAAACUCUCGAAAAACAAGACGAAAAUAUUAAAGAACAAGACGAAACACAAGAAACAAAUAUUGAAAGACAAGAAGAAACUCAAUCCAAUUCACAAAUCAAUGCAAUUAAGGUUUUAUGUACUGUAUUAGAAAAUGAAUUUCAAAAAGAAUAUUUGGAAAUUUGUGAAAAGUUAAAGAAUUGUUUUGAACAUGCUAAUGAAUUGAAACUUGAACAAGAAAGUUCACAAGUUGAUGAACUAAAGUUAAACAUGACUUGUAUGGUAGAAAGCAUUAAAUCGGAGAAUUUUUUAAUGAAAUUGACCAAAUAUAUUCAAGAAUUGGAAGAGAAGUUAAUAGUAUUGGAUGAAUUUAUCAAAACAUAUUUGAAUCAAGAAUAUUUAACUGACAUUCAAUUGUUAAAUAAGGAUGAAUUAAGUGAAAUUAUUGAAAUUUAUGAAUUAUUAAGAAAAAUCAUGGAGAGCCUUGGAAACGAAACUGUUGAAUUACAACAAUUUAUUCCUAAAAAAGUUCAAAUUGGAAUUUACCUGAUUGAAUUAUCAAGUUGA